UUCAUUGCCUUUGCAUUCUCUUAAUCACCUCUUGCCUAAACACUAGACUGUUACCGUGUUUACCCCAUGGUUAUUCAGUGUGAAAGAAGUCGUCCUAAAAAAAAGACGCAAGAGUCUCUCCAAGCCAGAAUGUUGAAUACAAUUAUAUUUACACUUACCGGUUGUCCGUCCUUUUGACGGUAGGAAGUGGAAAUAAAAUAUCUACAGGAAAGUAUUGUUUACCCGAAUUUUUGCGGCGACCGUAGGUUCUGUCUCCCGAGGCAUUGUUGCACAUUAUGUAAACAGUAGCCGAACGAAGCAAGUUCCCUCUCAGUGAGCUGGGUAUAAUUUGUGGAACGUUCCAACAGGAAUCUGUUACAAAAAGUCCGUAAAUAUCAAGGUUGCCAGCAAACAACGGAUACAAAAUUGUAUAGCGGCAGAAUAAGAUACCGAGUGGGCUAUUUCAUUAAGUUUUUCACUCACCACGUUUAUAACGAAAAAUGUCUGUCCUCACUCUAGUAGCCUAUGGACAAACAUUAAGAAUAAGCUACGUGGUGAGUUGAUGCCUAUUCGUCAGCUAGUUAAGUAGGUGAAUUUAUCAUGUUAGUUUGUAUACAACAUUAUAACGUUACUUUACGAAGUUUUUGGAACAGAUUCCUGUUGGAACGUUCCACCAAUUAUACUCACCCAUCACCAAGAAGUGCUUGUGAAAUUUGCCAGUUGAUUGUGUGGGACAACGUUCGGUCUGUGAUUCAGUUAAGCUUGGCCAUUACUUACAAAUUGUGCAAGUGUUUGUCAUGUGAGAAUUGUGUCAGUAUUGAAAAUACAAACGAAUAUACAGACCAGUCCAGCUUAUUGAAAGUCAGGUUAACACUUCCCUGGUGAUAUUUUGUUUGUUACUUCCCGACAUAACGACACAAUCAGCGCACAACAGGUAAAGCAAGUUAAAAUAAAGAUUAUUCAACAUUCUGACUUGUAAUGGGACUGUUCGGGAAUGCUGAACCUACAUGUUAGAUACAAGCGUGUAAGUCUUUCACUCUCGGAUUCUAAAAGAGGCUACCUCUAGCCCACCUUUACAACAUUAAAUGUGUUUAUUUUUCUAAAUUGAUUUAAAUAUUGUUUACAUAUUUUUUAUGUUCUUCAGUUUAACAAUUUCUCUCUCUAUAUAUAUCUUGUGUAUGUAGAUCUCCGAAAUAAAUACAAAAUGCUAUUAUUUCUGUCAUGUGCAACGUGCGCCCCCUGCUGACCCGUGAGAGAACUUCUACAAAAUCGAUUUAGUUACGUAGACGUAAUGACGUACCAAUAUUUUCGGGUGUAUGUAUCCGGUUGUGGUUGAAUAGCUUUUUGGUUGCUUGUUUACCUUUCAGAUGUGUUAAAUAUAUUUUCUUUGGUUUUAUGCAAAUAUUUUAUUCAUUCGGUAACAGCUGUACAAAACCCAGUGUCAGAAUGACAUCUCUGUGAUUGAAAUAGCUGUUCAUUUUUUUUUUUUGACAGGACAUAGGUUAAGACUAGCUAACGUUAGCUAGCUAGGGAACUGGAGUUACAGUGCAGACUGACUGAAUUUCAAACAACAGAAGUCAGGGCAUGUUACGUUUUUAACACAUUUUUGUUUAACUGUACAAGCCCUGGUCAAAACAAACACUCGACUUCAGGAGAAAAAUGAAUAUUCUACCUAAAAAGAGCUGGCAUGUUCGCAACAAGGACAACGUCGCGCGCGUGCGUCGGGACGAGGCACAAGCCGCAGAAGAGGAGCAAGAGGUCCAACGCCGUGUGGAGCGAGCAGAGCAGGAGGCGCGAACAGAGCACCUGAGACAGAAGUCACGAGCUGCACUUCAACAGUCUGGAGGAUGGAAGGAUGAAGGAGAGGGAGGUGAGAGAGGAGGGGAGGGGAGUGGAAGAGUGGUGGAACACCUCAAUCUAUUUCCUCUGGAGGAGUCGUCUGAGAAGAAAGGAAACGCAGAGUACCUCAAAGACCAGAGGGAUGAAAAGGAGCGUGAGGAGCGUGCUAUUGGUCUGCUAGUGUCCCUAGGCCCCCAACCUGGGACAGAGGUAACUCCAUGGUACAUGAAAACAGGCCGGGAAGAAGAGAAAGACGAAGAAAAGGAGAAAGAGAAAGACAACAAAGGAAAGAGACUGCCACUCAGUCAAGAGGAGAAUGAGAAGAGAGACAGACGGCUGAAAGACAUGCUGGACCCCUUGAAAGAGAUGAAGAAAGCACUGGCGGUGAAGGAUAGAAAAGAACAUAAGAGUAAGGAGAAGAGGGAUAGAGGGGAGAGGAGAAGCAGUGGUGGAGAAAGCUCUAUUGAAAGGUUGCGAGCGGAGCGACUGCAGAGAGAGGCGGAGGAGAAGAGGAGAGCCCAGGCCUUGCUGGACCAGAAGAAUGGAACAGGGAAAGAGAAGGAGCGACCAAGGGAGACAGAGGAGAGGGAAAUGCCGUACAACAGUGCUUAUUUCCCAGAGCUGGCCCGCAAGAGGCAGAGGAAAGACCGCAAUGCCUGGAGAGAUGGCAUCUUUUGAAGUCAUACAUCAUGCAGUCUCAUUGUUUGGGCAACAGACACAGAACAUUGAGGCAUUCAAGAUACAUUUAUUAGUAUGUGAAAGACACUGAAGACUUCGACAAGGACUAGAGAGCCUGGAAGGUUAUUCAGUUGUAUUGUUGUGAAAUGUGAGCCAGUGCAUUUAGCUUAUUCUUGCAGUAACAUGGAGUUAUGCGUGUAGGCAUACACUGUAGGUUGUUGAACUAGUGAAGAUGUGUACAAAAAUAGCUCAACAUGCUACAUUGUUUAUUUAAAUAACAUCUAGGCUAUCCUGAGUAUCCUAAGCAGACGUAUUGAUGAUUGUUGUCAUUGAAUGAUCAAUGUUAUUUCUAAUGAGGUAGAAAAAGAAAGGAAACCAAUCAAGAGAUUUGGGACAGCUCAGUGUAGUGUUGGUGUCUGUCUGGCACCCUGCUCAAGUGUGAGACAAUACAGAGAUCAUUUUGCUCCACAACACAAGACCACUGUUCAAGUUGGACUGUGUUUGAUGUUUUACUAUUGAUGGCAACAUUGUGUCACAAAUGUAAUUGUGUCAAUUCAAGUCUCGUGUCUUUUUUGUUUCUGAUAAUAGCAUGUGCCAAUUUAGGAGGAGUGUGUGUACAUGCAUCUGUUCUAUUUAACAAGCUGAUGUAGACAGAGUUUAGGGUGGUUGGCUCAACUAUUAUUGCACAUUUUCCAUUUCAAUUAAUUCAAUAAAAAUGUUAGGCCUGCCAAAUAACAAAA